GUUGUUAUUGUGGGCACAGUGCGUGGUGGUGACUUGGUUAGUCGGUUUCUGGUUAUGCGUUUGUUUUCUAGCUAGUGUAACGAGGAACACUGCAAAACCUAUAACGCAAAUUCGUGCAUAUACUGUCUAGUUGUUGGAGAUUUGAAAUGGCGAAAGGGAAGAAAAAAAUGCUGACCACCAACAAGGGACCCGAGGGAACCCUUCAGCCCAAACAAGUCGAAAAGGAGACAAAGGAAAAUAAACCAGAAUUGAAUGGGGAUGCAGGUAAUGGUGAGAGCACGUUACCAAGUCUUCGGAGUCCCAGCAAACCUAAAUCUCCUCUCUGCAACAACUCAAGUUCUCUCAGCCAAGAGGAAAAUGUGCCUGAGAAAUUGACUCUACAAACUGAGAAAUCAAAGCAAGGGAAAGUGAGACAGAAUCAAGUUAACUCUCAAGCUGGCGUGUCUCGGCAAGAGGAGAAUAAAGUGAGGACCUGCUUGGCUCUUCGACCCAGAGAAACAACUACCUUGAAGAUCAAGGAGGAUCCUAAAUCGCACCCCAACCCAGGGCGUGCGCCAGAUGUCCCCAUGCCCAAAUCUAAGGGGGGAGCUAGUCAAAAAGUCAAAAAAGCACAAGGCAGUGCUGCCCAAAACAGGAAGGUCACAGAUUAUUAUCCGAUUAGACAGAGUUCCAGAAAAAGCAAAGCUGAAUUGAAGAACGAAGAACACCGACAUCUUGAUGACCUGAUAAAACAUGGAGUUGAAGAAGGACUGCAGGUAAAAAAUAUAGAGGGGAAGGGAAGAGGAGUGUUUGCCGUCAGAUGUUUCAAGAAGGGUCAAUUUGUAAUUGAGUAUCAUGGUGACUUGUUGCAUCUGACUGAUGCCAAGAAGAGAGAGGCUCUGUAUGCCCAAGACCCUGGGACUGGCUGCUACAUGUACUAUUUUCACUAUCUCAGCAAAACCUACUGUGUUGAUGCUACAAAAGAAUCAACUCGCCUGGGAAGGCUGCUAAACCACAGUAAAAAUGGCAACUGCCAGACCAAGCUCCAUGACAUGGAUGGAAUACCUCAUCUCAUACUGGUGGCUUCCAGGGACAUUGUGGCAGAGGAAGAGCUGGUUUAUGACUACGGAGACCGUAGCAAGGAAUCAAUAUGUGCUCACCCAUGGCUCAAAUACUGAUGUGCCACCAGAGUAUUCUCUCAAGAGAAUGACUAGGUGCAUUAAUUUCUUCAAAAAGAGAACCUGUUCUCUUUGUUUUUUAAAAAUCCAUUCCAUUGGCCCUAAGGUGCAAACUGCUUUCCGGUGAGACAAAUUAAGUGCGCCUGAUGUUUUUCUGUCUUCUGCUUUUUCAAGCUUUACUUUUGGGCAAAACAGUGGCAGUAUGAACAAGGUAGAGGACAUCCUUUUAAGAUUGCACAUGGGUUAAAUUUGUUUUUAAAACUAUCAAUUUAUUGCUGGAUUUGGAUGGAGUUUUUAUACAUAUUUAGGCCAGUGUGUCCAUGACGUGUGAAAUAUAUUUUUUAACAUACUAGCUAUUGUUUUUAGGUUGCUKUUAUAUAAGUGAUUCAUUUAUCAAGCUAUGUAUGGUACUAGUUGACGCAACAAUUUUCAUAUGAGCGUCAAUGUCCUGGCUUCGGGGAGAACAGCUUAUACUUGAUUUGAAAAUGUAGCUUUUGUUGCAAUGGGUGAAACAUCCUAAUGAAUUUUGAAUACAAUGUAAGUUGCUCUUUUUGAGCAUAAAUGAACUGUGUACAUAGACAAAUCUUUUCAUAAAUCUGGCUAGCAUGGAAGCUCAGUUUGCAAAGCAUAGAAAGGCAAGCUUAUUAAUAUUCAGACGUGCAACAGUCCAGCAUCCUUGUAUGAGUAUUUCACAACGUGCAACAGAUUAAAUAUAUUUGGUGUGAUUUUCUARCAGUAA